AUGGGUUCCGUGCACAACCACCACAUGACCUCCGUGGAGGCGAAAGGGCAAGACAUGUUCAUUGUGAAGUUCAAGCGUGCAGCAGCCGUCACUCAUGGUGGCAAGUACGAGACGGACUUUGUGAACAUCCCUCACAUCAAGGACUCCGUGUUUGCGGCCGUGAUGCCGCAGAAUCUCCACAAAAAGUCCUCGAGUCAGGGCCAGUCCAUCUCGUUGCCCCAGAACGAGCAGUUCUACACGGCAGACUCCAUGUGGGUGAACUUGGGUGAGACGCCGGUCUUCAAGGGCUGCACCAAGUGCUGGUCCCUUGCCAAGUGGCGUCAGGGCGUCCACACGUACAGAUCCGAGGGUCUCAGCUUCAUUAAUGUGACCAAGAGAAUCAACGUCCACAAGAAGGAAGUCUACUGGGACUUGGAUGGCACCCUUACUGGCACCCCCAAGUCCUACACGACCUGGGCUGAUGCGUUCAACUUGGGCCAUCCUGGUUGCAAGUAUACCCACGUGAACCUGAACGUCACCGACGACGGCGGCUUGGAAGAAACAACUUGGUACAGUGACACGGACAUGUGGACAGACGACCCCUCCAUCUUCAAAGCCACCCUUGGCUUCCAACAUCGGCUUCGAAACAACACCUACAUGACCUGCACCACGCCCAUCCGGAAGCUGAACAUCGCAUGGCCCGAGCCGCAGGAGGUUCACCUUCGCCAGCUGAUCGUGACCAACUUGGACACAGGGCUCUUCUUCGCCCACGAAUACGAGAAGCUUGAGCUGUGGGGCUGGGCAUUCCCG